AACGUCUAAAGCCAACGUCUUGUCCAUGUAUAUGCUAGGGUAGUGUCAUCGCAGUGCAUGCGUGAUCUGCCAAUAUCAUUCCAUGGAGUGUGAACGGCAUAGUGUGUCCAAGGAUAAAUUGACUUCUACCACAGAACAGUUCGUUCAUUUCCUCAAUGGACUUUUACAGAGGCGCGAUCACUGCACAAUAGAAGGCGAAAUUGAAGCCGUUACAAGUUACAGCACAGUAUACGCACGGCAUUGUGUGAUUUCCUUGCCAGUCGACAGAAAUGAUAGGAACAGAUCGAAAGUUCGUGAGCUGCGAACGACGCUGACCGUUUGGAGUGGCGUGGCGUCGCGUGCCAAACCUGCGAGUACCCGAUACGUUGCAACCGAGCAAUGCGCUCCGAUCGUCCGGACACACGGACAGAAAGAAGGACGAAAAGCCGAACCAAGAAGUGCUGGAGAGAUCAUUCCACAGGCGCUUGCGUCUUGGUGGUGUCCGACUGUCGACUGUCUCCUUAGCCCCGUCUCAUGAUGGCACCUCCAGCUAGCGUGUGCAGACAACGCUGCUGCUGCUGCAGUGGAAUACAGACGAGGUUGUGCAGAAGAACACGGUCACUGCAGAGAUCAGCACGACAUGUCGGACGAAGUCUAUUCUAUGCGACUAUCUACCUGUUGCUGCUGCUAUUGUCUCUGCCGGUAUCCAGAGGACAAGUUCGGGAUUGCUCCACAAUGCCUGGAGGCAUAUUGCUGCGGGCGUUGACGAAACAUAGCGAAGCAACGUGCAAAGCUGAGCAUCAACGACUAUCAGGCCUUGGUCAGAUAUCCGGCUUGGGCUGUGCUGACAUAAAGACACGGAAAUGCUGUCGGUCGUCGGACUGUGGCGAUGUAGGUCAUGUGUGCGACUGUGCAAGCAACUGUGGAGUACGGACAUGCUUCCUGGAUACGACGCAAGCGUUAGGACGUGGCAGGCACUGCAAGCAGCUAUUGCCGCCGGCGCACGGUCGUAUUGUUGUGACCGGUCAUCCUGGCGAGGUUCGGGUGACGUGCAACUCCGGCCAUCAGCUCUCUGGUCCCUCGGUGCUGCAUUGUGAUGGCAGUACUCAGAAGUGGUCACACGACAUGCCAACUUGCAAUGAACUCCUUUGUGAAAUCCCACGGCUCAAGGCUAACAUGUACUUCAAGGCCGGGACAGAAAUCCGAUCGUACGCACGGGGAGAGCAGGUGAAAGUCGUGUGUGACGAUGGCUACCUCAUGGUGAGCAAGAAGAAUGGCUCCAAACUCAAGAAGGGCCGCUACAUCAAGUGCAAGCGCAAUCGCAAUUGGCAGUACCUGAAGAAGCUCAGCUGCAAGCCUGACAGCACGAAUGUUCCGCCGCCUACCUGCUGUCCUCUGCCGGCUGCGCCACUGCACGGCAGCCGUCAGAUUGGAAACACGUUCUGCGAAGGUGACGUUGCCCAGUUCUACUGCAAGGAGUGCUACAGACUGGUCGGACAGAGUGCUCACAGCUGUAUCAACCCGGCCAACUACACGGCACCAAAUGUCAGAUGCGAAGCAAUCACUUGUCGUCGUCCAGAGCUGCCAUUGGGUUUCUCCAUCAUAGGCGAUGCUCGCUCAACGUAUACCUGUGGCGAAGGGCUGCCAGUGGGCUGCACUGGAUCCUCCCCAACGGUGGCACCAAAGGGAAACUUCUUCUGUGAUUCGACGGGAAGCUGGCGUGGACUUGAUAGUCUGCGUGCAUACAUGUGUAAAAGCGUGCCUGGACCACUUGGCCUGACGAUCACCAAUAAGACGACAAACACUGUCUCGCUACAGUGGUACCCACCUGCCAGCGACCCGGCAGACGUUUCCUACUACGUCCUCAAUCACAUACGGGGCAGCGACAGUGCUACCGAUCCCGUGGAGAGUAUGCAGCACGUCCGCGGCCCGGCAAGUGGGCCGGUGACGGCUCAUGUGCGUGCUUUGGAGCCGGACACGCAGUAUCUCUUCAACGUCUGGGCCGUGUACAUGUCCAAAUACAAUAGUAGACCAACGGCUUGGAAAAGUGUCAAUACUCUCACAAUUGUGGUAACUUGUGCCAUGCCAGAGCUACCCAAUGGCAUUGCUGUCCUGGACAAGUCUCAGACAACUUUUCCAAGUGACAGUAGAGUUACACUGCGUUGCUCCGCCAGUUCGCACUCUAACGGCAGUGCUGUUACGCUGUCUCAGUCCAUUACUUGUGACGAGAAUGGCACAUGGCUUGGCAUUGAUCAACUACGGUCGUACUUCUGUCAAGCUCCGCCAAGUCCCAAGCGCUUGACCAUCACGAACAGGACGGCUGUCAGUAUCUCCUUACAGUGGCGACCGCUUCCGCGUUUAACAGCAGACCUCUCUUGGUACACAGUUCAAUUCAAACGGGAUGCCAGCUCUCGUGUAUUGUCAGUCCAGGUGCUGCCAGGGAAGCCGGCAAACGGGACCAUUCUGUGGACAGCUGAUGGCCUGCAGCCAGGCAGCGUAUACCAGUUCCGUGUGUUGUCCGUGUACAACCGCACGUAUGAAAGUCGGGCAACGGAUUGGUUGCCGGCAGAUACUUUGGCACGAGAAAUCCCAGCACCUUCAGGCCUUAUCACUAGAUCCGAGUUAGAUCGAUCACGGAGCACCGCCGUGACACGCGUCUCUUGGUCCCCACCUCUGGACACCACUGGCUUGACCGGCUACAGAGUGUUAUACAGUACGAUGUCGGCGGUUGCAGCACCAUACGUGUCCCAUGGCAAUAUCUCCACAACAUCAAGCAGCAUAGCGCUGGGCGAUCUUCAGCCUUACACCGAGUACACGGUCAGCGUGGCUAGCAUUGCAGGCGCAGGUCUUAGUCGACCUGAAACCAAAGUGUUCACGCUCAAGUCGCCGAUUCUCCGCCCAAGGGCACCACCUGCACCGGUCAUUAGAAUGAACGGCUCGCAAGUACUGAUCUAUCUGCAUGCAUCUCCGGAUGUACACCCCUUUGUGUGGCGGUACUCGCUGCGUGCCAGGUGUGAUGAACGUGACAUUGUCAACAGUCUGGAGGACAACGAGUCGACGGGUGACCUGCAGUGCCCCUCGCACGUCGACAUCACCAUUCACAAGUUCUUUGCUAGCGAGAUAGACUCGGCUGAGAAUGGUUACCUUCUCAUUCGUUUGGACCUUACGCGUGACACUCGCUUUCUUCCCGGCAGACGCUAUCGUGUCCAGUUGAGCGCCAGAACAAAAACGAGACAAUCAACGUGGAGCUCGAAUGGCUACUUCUCGGUCAGCUCUAACGCACAUCAGCCAGCCAACAACGCGGCCAAUUCACACGGGCUUCAUCAACAAUAGAGAGAUCAAGUUUCACUCACCGUGAACAUGGAUGGUUGCAGCUGCCUACACAUUGCAAUACGUCACACAAGUUAGUUGCACGGUUUGUGUCAAGAUGCGCUUAACACGAACUUGAACUCGUGCGUCCACGUACCCCUGUCUACACGUUACAUAACUGUACGUGAUGGCAUUCGGUUUCCUGAAACAUUGUUGCAUGUCUCUGAGUAACACAGAACAUGCUGAACAAAAAUGCCAGGUGCACAAACGGGUAGAGCAUACCGGUAAGUGAUGCGUCCCACAUGUGUGCUGUGUACUGGAAUUAUCUUGAUAUCUUACCUAUCUAUCCCUAGGCGUAUAACCCUCGGGCACCUUUGAGCACAUCACUAUAAUGUUGAUUCAAAAGCAGAUAUGUUUAUGACGCCCUAUCUGACUAUUUGUAUAGGCAUGACUGAUUCUGAUGCCGUCGUUCAAUAUCGCGUAGAGCUAUCACUAUCUAAUUCUGUUGAGACGAUGCAGCCUUUCUUGUAUUUUGGCCCUGGCCAGCUGCCCUGAUUCUGCUGCCAUAUAUCUAGUGAUAUCAAUCUUCAGUAACACUAGUGCAACUGCCACUCCUAUACUAUCAGCGACUAUAUCAGGGUGCCUCCAAUAUUUAUGUCAUUUACAAAAUGGUCUUGAAGUUACAUUGCGCCGAGGAGAAAGCGUGCAAUAAAUUCUCUUUUUGAAUUGUA